AUGAGUGGAAAGUGUUGUACUACUGGCAAUUUACACGAGGGCGAACCUGUUGGCGAGAUUAAGGAGGUUUUUGGUCUGCCAACUUACGUGACCGGAUCCAGCUCGAGCGAGAAAGUUAUUGUCAUUCUCAGCGAUAUCUUUGGACUCAAGAUUCCUAACACUAAAUUGGUCGCAGAUCAGUUCGCUAACUCUGGGUACCUGGUUUACGUGCCAGAUAUUUUAUUCGGGGAUGGUCUAACGAACUUGGAUGGAUCUACUGACCUCGGGGCUUUCCUUGAAAAACACAGACCGGAGGUGACCAGGCCGAUUGUCGAUGGUUUUGUACUGCCAUUGAAGGAAACGCUCAAUCCAAAGUUCUUGGGUGUAAUUGGUUACUGUUUUGGCGCUAAGUAUGCUUUGGACUACAUCAAAAAAGACUCACCAAUUGCUGAUGCUGCUGCAAUUGCUCACCCUUCACGCCUCGAAAUUGAGCAAUUUUGGGCCAUUGGCCAGAGCCCUCUUCUGAUUUCUGCGGCUCAGUAUGAUCGCAGUUUCAAUUUUGAAACAAGACAUCAAGUCGAAAAGGUGUUGACAGAGGUGCGUGCCAUUUUCAAGAUAGAUUUGUUUAGCAAAGUUUCUCACGGAUUUGCCAUAAGAGGCGACUUGAAUGACCCAUUCGUCAAAUUUUCUAAAGAACAGGUUUUCUCGGAUCAACUAAACUGGUUUAACCAUUUUUCUGAGGCUUGA